CCGAUUCGCUUUCGGCUGGGCAUUUGGAAUCCAAGACAGAGGCUGAGGCUGAUAGAACCCCGCAUUCUCGUGUGAAACGAGCGAGAGCAGAUCGAUUUUCCUUCAUGCCAGGAGAAGAUGUAAUUUCCAAUUCUGGUACGAAGGAAAAGGCACAGGCUGUCGCCCCUUGUGCCAAAGGCGGUUACGCAAAGUCAUUUAACAAAGACAACGACCAGAGCGGAAAAGACAGUCCCAUCUUGGGUACAGAGACCUCUUCGGCCCGCCGACAGACAUUGAAGUCCCCUCAGAACUACUUAAGCGUGGCUUCAAACAGGGAAACGACAAACCUAUUGCAAGAUGAGGCCUUAGGUCGCCAUAAUUCAGAGUCCAGCAGAAGUGCCAUCACUGCAAUUCGUCAUAAUUCUGGCCGAAGCAUCGUAACAAGACGUGAUUCGAACCAGUCCCAAAAGCUUGAGAAACGGGAGGGCAAUAGUUCCGCAACACUCGCAGCCAAGCGAGCUGUUGGCAGGUCCCGACGAUCAACUGGAGCCUCUGACAGAAGGGAGAUAGCCGUUUGGGGAGAAGGGACAGACGAUUCCAGGAAAGGGUUUCGCACUGGUAAUGAGGCUAGCAAUUGAAGCAUCUGGACGGGUGGGGAAAGCGUAGGAACUCGAUGAGUUCAUACCAGGCAGACUCAAUGAAGCCAGAUUCCGCGAAUGCUUUAGCUGUCAUACCUCACCAUACUACUCUUGAACUUCAAUUCUCGUCCCCAAACCACUAAGGCAAUAGAAAUAUGAAGCAACUGUCAAACACAAUGAAAACGUUCAAAUG